CCCAUUUCGCCCAUGAUACCGCGUGGGUUGUCGUUAAUAGCGGCAAUAUAAUUCGAGUUCUAUCCUCUGCCACCGAACUCCCCAUCCUCACUCUUUCUUCCCGAUUCACCACUUUGCUUCCCAGACCCCUCACACGUUCUUUGUUUGUUCUUCUAAACAUCGUUUGUUGGACUGGCUAUUCCACACCGCGACCUUUUCUUGACCCUUGCCUUUUCUGUCAUUUCGAGCGACAUAAAUUAUCCGCUGUCUACCAUGUCCUUAGGACGUUCACUUCGUGCCCGCAUUGUGAGGGAUGAUCCUUCAGCGAUAGAAACUAAUACGAGUACCAGGUCAACUCGUCAAUCCCGCUCUACCCAGCUGCUACCAUCUGUGACAGUGGUACGGGCUCCAUCAGAGUCUCCCGAGGGCAGUCGGAAAUCCAUUUAUCUUACAGUCAGGAUGCCGUCUAGCAAGCUUCGCGAAGCGACUAGUGGCAGCUUGCGAAGCGCGGCGGCCAGGCGCUCGCAUAAUGUUUUUACUGAUAACCCUAUUGUCACUGGCCCGCGCACGAGCAGGUCAAAGAAGAGGCUCGUGGAGAUAAACACCAGCGACGAAGAAGAAGAGCAAGAUUUAGAUGACCAGGAAGAAGACGAAGUUGAUGAUGAAGAUGCGCCUGGAGAAGAUGAUGAAGAUGAGGAUGCAGACGCAGAUGGCGAUGUGGAUAUGGACGACGCUCCACCUCAACCGCCAGCAUCAAGAAGACACGCCAAGGCUGCUGUAACAUCUGCGCCUAGAGGGAAGCCGGUAAAGAGUGUUGAGGAAAAAGAGAUGGAGCUUGAUGAAGAGGACGAUGAAGAGGAUGAAGAGGAGCUAUCAGAACCUGAUUCGAAUGCGGAUGGUGAAGCCGAUGACCAGGAAGAAGGAGUGACGCUCAACAUGGAUGAAACCGGUGAGCAGGAUGAGGACGAAGAAGACGAGGAGCUCGACAGUGACGGUGAAAUGCCGGAUAUGAGCAAAUUGACCAAACGACAAAGGGGUUCUUUGGGCAAUGACUUCCUGCAACUCCCAAUGGAACCACAAAUCAAAAAACACCUGACUGCGGAAGAACGAGCAAUGCGCCGUGCCGAAAUGGCUCGUCGCCGGAAAAAUCUUAGCGAGAAGCGAAACGAAGAGGAGAAGAUGGAUACAAUCAACAGACUUCUACGGAAACAGGCGCCAAAGCGACGUGGUCGAAUCCCCGCUGCUGAAGCGGCCGAGAACGCUGCCGCGGACCAGGAAGCAGCGGCGGAAACGGAUUUCGUGGACCCGACCAUGGUGCGAUGGAUUAGUGGUCGUGAAGGUAGUCGUGUCGCUGUGCCGGAGGAGUGGAUUGGGACCCCCCCAGGGCGUAUCUUUGGAGGAACGCCAAGGAAACUAGUUGAGGAAAUAUGAGUGCACGAUUGACGGACGGCGCCUAAACCAUAGGCGCACUCAGGAUUCGGCGUAUCGGUUUUGGCAUGCGUAGCAGGAAAGGUUAUCUGCUCAUUUGCACUUGGAAGAGGAGUUCAGCUGGGAACGGGUCAUCACGAUACUAUCCAGGGCUUGCAUGUCCCAAAUUAUAUAAUA